ACCUGCCGCACAGGUGUCUUUGUAACUGGGUUUGCUUGACUGUUGAGUCCAGGCAGGUUUAUCGAUUUUUUUAUUUAUUUUUUAAAAUCGAGCCAUGCUGACAUGAAUCCGUUUAAAAAAAAAAAACGGUCUCACGCAUUUGAAGGGAUCAUAACAGGACAACAUGUAAUCUAAGGUAUAUCCAUAUGCAUUUCACGAUUCGGAGACCUCAGGUGUGUUCUUCGUUUGUUGGGACUCGGUUUAACCAGCGGGGCCUCUCGGGACUCCCCUCCUUUUUGAUAUUUGUCCAGAGUCUCUUUGCCUCUAAUUAAACACUGGAGAGAAGGGUGUGUUCAGGAGCGUCCCGGUAGAUCAAGACCGCAUCACCUGCGGCGACGAGGGAACAGAUCUACCUUUGAACUGUCCAAACUGUGUGUCACCUGCUGACAGAGUCUGUGUAACGUGAAGGCAAUAACCCGACAGGUCCCAGGACCAUCUCCCCUGAAAUAUGAUCCAUUUCUAGGAACCGCGCACCACAAAGCUUAGCUUACUUACCUCGAGCCAAUGAGACGCAUUCACACUUUCAGUGCUAUGGUUCUCCUCGUCACCUUAUUUCUGAUCUUCUUCUACUCGACCCUACACCUGGAGACGACCUACAGCCGCAGGGCUGGACCGGAGGACCUCCUGAAGCAUCUUAGCCUCCAGGUCCACGACAGCGAUGUGAAAGCACAAUCCUCCAAACCGGAAAGCGUCACCAGGCCUCACCCUGACGUCCACAACGUGUCCGUUUCUGAUGGACUCAGACAGACCAUCCCUCAAAAUCGAGCUUACUGGAACCGUCUGCUGUACUUGGUCCUCAGGAAGCUGGACGAGGGGAGAACCCCUCUCAGACCUGACUCCCAUUGGUCUCGCUGCAGGGAGACCAAUCAAGAGCUCCUGCAAACCAACGUGCACGACUUCACCUCCUACCCUGCCUUAUUCCAGGACUUUUUGCAGGGCAUGAACUGCAGGUCCUCUCCAGUCCUGAUCAAUCAACCUAGCAAGUGCAUCUCCGGCGAAGGGGAGGGAGCCAACCGGACCUUCCUGCUGUUCGCCAUCAAGUCGACCCCUGGGAACUUUGAGCAGAGACAGGCGGUGCGGGAGACCUGGGGUCGAGAGGGGGUGUAUCAGAGAGGACUGAGAGUGCGCACAGUGUUCCUCCUGGGUAACUCCCCGCCGGAUGACCCUGACCUCAACCCGCUGCUGUCAUUUGAAGCACAACACUUUGGGGACCUCUUGCAGUGGGAUUUCCAAGAAUCCCUCUUGAACCUGACGCUUAAAAUGAACAUGUUCCUCCAGUGGACACUGAAACACUGUCCUCGUGUCAACUUCGUCUUCAGUGGGGACGACGAUGUGUUUGUCAACACACCGGCAUUGCUCAGCUACCUGCAGUCUCUGAAGGCCUCUAAAGCAUCCCGGUUGUAUGUUGGACAUGUCAUAAGCACAGCAAAUCCCCUCAGAGACCCCAACAUCAAAUACUACAUCCCCCUGAGCUUCUAUGACGGCCCAUACCCUGCUUACGCUGGUGGAGGCGGCUUUCUUAUCUCUGGAGUGUUGCUGAAACCUCUGUAUUCAGUUUCACGUGUCAUUCCCUUCUUCCCCAUCGAUGAUGUGUACACUGGGAUGUGCGCUAAGGCUCUGGGGGUUUCUCCCGAGGCACACGCAGGCUUUCAGACCUUUGACGUCAAGGCGCAGGAUCGUGAGAAUUUGUGCGUGCAUAAAGAUCUUAUUCUGAUUCACCAGCGCUCGCCACCGCAGAUGAAGAAGCUGUGGAAGGGUAUUCACAGCCCCUUGUUGACUUGUUGAACUGGACUGGUGAGGAAAAGAUGCAGCGAUUGCACCACUGUCCUGUUUAAAGAUGAUCCCGCAGGAGCGAUUAUAGUUGAGGAUUUUACACUAUGUAUCUUCGGCGUCGUGCAAGGACUCAAACUUUUACCAUGAAAAAAUGCAGAGCAGUUCUGUCACCAAAUCUGCAGUAAAGUUGCAUUUUUAAGUUUCAGCGGGUCUGGAUGACAUAGGAAGACAUUUUCAAACUUGCAAUGCUAAGGAAGGAUCCAUAUAUUGCACUGCCGAGUCAAGUUGUACACUGUUUAGAUGCGUCAUUAACCCA